AUGGCCGCCGCCGCCGCAGCGACGGACGAAGCACCGACGGAGGACCAGCAGACGCUACCGAGAUGGUACCAGCUGGAGGCGCUUGAGCGGGCGAUGAGCGGGAACACGGUGGUUUUCCUGGACACGGGGGCCGGGAAGACGCUCAUCGCGGGGAUGCUGCUGCGCGCCUACGCGCACCGCGUGCGGAAGCCGGCACGGGACUUCGCCGUCUUCCUCGUCCCCAACCGCGUGCUCGUCGAGCAGCAGGCGCGGGUCGUCGAGGCGCAUACCGACCUCCGCGUAUCCAAGUUCACCGGGGACAUGGGCGUCGACUUCUGGAACGCCGCAACCUGGCGCCGUGUGGUGGACGACGCCGAGGUGCUCGUCAUGACGCCGCAGAUCCUACUCGACAACCUGCUACACAGCUUCUUCCGCCUACAGGACAUCGCGCUGCUCAUCUUCGACGAGUGCCACCGCGCUAAAGGAAAUUACCCCUAUGCGUGCAUUCUCAAGGAAUUCUACCACCCGCAGCUCAAUUCCAGACCACAGGACCCUCUGCCCAGGAUAUUUGGGAUGACUGCUUCGCCCACAGAUACCAAAAAUAAACAGCCAGAAAUCUACUCCAAACAAAUCUUUGAUCUCGAAAAUCUAUUGAAUUCGAAGGUGUACACAGUUGAUAAUCAAUCAACUUUAUCGGAUUACCUACCGCUUGCUACUACGCAGAUUGUGCAUUACGAUUCUUCUAUCAUUCCAUCCAACACAUAUAACCAUAUUAAGAGUUGUUUGGAAAGAUUGAAAGAAAAGCAUUUCGAAGUCUUGAAGGCAAACGCAAACAUAUAUGGCUCAUCUCUGGAAAACGCGAAGAAAGGGAUAUCCAAAUUACACAAGACAUUCUUAUAUUGCACAGCUAAUCUGGGAGUAUGGCUGGCGGCAAAGGCAGCUGAGGUGCAGUCAACAACUAACGAACAAUUCUUACCUUUCUGGGGUGAUGAAAAGCUGGAUAAAAAUGUUGAAGGCUUUGUGAGAAACUACAGUGAAGAAGUAUACAGGGAACUCUCAUGUUUUUCAACAAGAGGUCAUAUUGGUGAAGAUUUUGUAGCCGAUUUGCAAGAUGGGCUAUUGACACAUAAAGUUCAUUGUCUUGUCCAAUUUCUUCUGGAGUACAGGCAUAUGGAAGACUUAAGAUGCAUUGUAUUUGUCGAGAGAGUUAUUACAAGCAUUGUAUUGGAGUCCCUACUGUCCACUAUCAGUCAAAUGUCUGGCCGGAUUGUUAAACACAUUGCAGGAAACAGAUCUUUGUUGCACCAUCAGAGUAGGAAUAAACAAACGGAAAUUGUUGACUCCUUUCGAGGAGGAAAGGUACAUAUAAUUGUGGCCACACAAGUUUUGGAGGAGGGUGUGGAUGUGCCAAGUUGUCACUUAGUGAUCCGCUUUGAUCUGCCAGAAACUGCACGUGGGUUUAUACAGUCACGUGGUCGAGCUAGGAUGCCAAACUCUGACUAUGUUUUGCUUGUUAGAAGGGGGGAUGCAAAGGCCCGUUCUAAGAUAGAAAAGUUUCUUGGAAGCGGGCAAAUAAUGCGGGAAGCAUCUCUGAGGCUUGCAUCUUCUAUGUGUAAACCACUUCAGAACACCCUGUGUGAAGAAGAUCAUUACCACGUUGAAUCUACUGGAGCAAUUGUGACUAUGAACUCCAGUGUCAAGUCUAUCUAUUUUUUCUGCUCGAAGCUCCCAUCCGAUGAAUAUUUUCAACCUCUGCCAAGAUUUAGUAUUGACAAGGCAUUGGGAACUUGCACCCUGUACCUCCCCAAGAGCAGUCCUGUACAGAUUGUUAAUACAGAAGGAGAAGUUUCCAUCCUCAAGAAGGCAGUUUGUCUUAAGGCCUGCCGAGAACUACAUGCUAUCGGUGCCCUCACAGAUCAUCUCUUACCAGAAUUAGGUUUUCCAUGUGAAGAAGAACCUGACAUUGUUGUUGAGAAAUAUCAGCACGAGCAUCCUGACUACUUCCCAGAAGAAUUUGUGCACAAUUGGUUAUCCUUUUCUCGUCUUGGAAUAUAUUAUUGCUACAAGAUUUCAGUGGAAGGCUGUUCGAAAAUAACUUCUUGUCCAAAUGACAUACUUUUAGCUGUGAAAUGUGAGUUGGGACCAGACUUUGUCUCUAGCUCAAUUCAAUUGUGUGGUGCGCAAGACUAUCCUAGUGUUGCUAUGAAAUAUGUGGGAAUCAUUCAUCUGAAUCAAGAACAGGUAAUAAUGGCUAGAAGGUUUCAGACUACUAUUCUUUCUUUGCUUAUCAAUAAAGGCCAUUCUGAUGUCAGCAAUGCAAGUAAAUACUUCCAUGAGAUGCAAGUGUCGAUUGGAGUUGUCUACCUACUGCUACCCUUAGUUUCUGGCAAAGUUGAUUGGUGUAGUAUCAAGUUCUCAGCCUCGCAAGUUUAUGAUGCUAGUAACAAGGAUAUGAUGCAUUGCCAUUCUUGUAAACAAGUUGAUAUACUGCAAACAAAAGAUGGUCCUCUGUGCAGGUGCCUGCUUAAAAAUUCCGUUGUCUGUACCCCUCAUAAUAGCGAAUUGUAUGUAGUUACUGGAUUUCUUAACUUAAAUGCCAAAUCCCUUCUGCAUUUACGUGAUGGCAGUGUCCCUACCUACACAACCUAUUUCAAGACUAGGCAUGGCCUGAAUCUAACACAUGAAAAUCAACCCCUGUUGGCUGCCAGUAAACCUGCUGAAGUGCGGAACUUCCUCCAAAAGCGCCAUUAUAAGAAUAAAAAAGAAUUUUGCAGUUCAUGCUUAAGGCUCCUGAAAAAGGGGUCUUAG